UUAUUUUAAAUCUUGUCCGUCCAUUGCCGGCAUGUCGGCGGCCGAGAUGGAUCAACUGACAUCAGGGGCCAGCAAUCGUAUAAUCCCCAUCCUUAAAACCCUAAGAACCUUUCUAAUUUUCAUCCAAUCGGCCAUUUUCGCUUUCGUCCUCCUCCUGCGGCCACGGCGGCGCUCGGCGGCUGGUGCGCCGCAAUCUGCGUCAAAGAGUUGGAAGCGGAGGUUGAUGUCGAGACUAGAGGAGGAGGACACCUUGAGAAGAAGAGCGUUGGCUGAGGAUUUAAAUAUGGGAUUCGAAACUGAUGAUGGGAACGUCCAUUGCAGCUGGAGUAGUUCUCUCUUCUUUGGUGUUAGAAAAAAUGCUUUGUUUUUCCGGUCCUGGUUCCCGGUUACCGGUGAAUUGAAGGGCAUUUUGAUCAUUAUACAUGGGCUCAACGAGCACGGUGGGAGAUAUUCGCAUUUUGCGAGGCAACUAACUUCAAGCAGCUUUGGGGUGUGUGCUAUGGACUGGAUAGGUCAUGGUGGGAGCGAUGGAUUGCAUGGAUAUGUUCCUUCACUUGACCAUGUUGUUGCGGACACUGGGGCUUUCUUGGAUAAAAUCAAAUCAGAAAACCCUGGAGUACCGUGCUUCCUAUUUGGUCAUUCUACUGGGGGAGCCGUAGUUCUGAAGGCGGCUUCAUAUCCCCACAUUAGAGGAAUGCUGGAGGGAAUUGUGCUGACUUCACCAGCUUUGCGUGUUAAGCCAGCACAUCCUAUAGUUGGGGCUAUGGCCCCUAUUGUCUCUCUGGUUGCUCCCAGAUUCCAGUUUAAAGGUGCCAACAAAAGAGGAAUUCCAGUUUCUAGGGAUCCAGCUGCGCUACUGGCAAAGUAUUCUGAUCCAUUGGUCUAUACAGGGCCCAUAAGGGUCCGAACAGGCCAUGAGAUAUUGCGCAUUUCCUCGUACUUAACACGGAACUUUAAGUUUGUGACUGUACCAUUCUUCGUUCUACAUGGAACUGCAGACAAAGUGACAGACCCUCUAGCCUCCCGGGAUUUGUACAAUGAGGCAGCUUCAAAAUUUAAAGACAUAAAGCUUUACGAGGGCUUCUUGCAUGACCUUCUGUUUGAGCCUGAGCGUGAAGAGAUAGCACAGGAUAUAAUUAACUGGAUGGAGAAGAGAUUAGAUGUCAGUAUUGAGAAGGCUGAUAGUCUGUGGUAACUACUCAUCUUAUAGAAGUGUUUUUUAAAUUUGUGAAGUUGGAGCUUUUAAGGGUCGGGAAACAGGCAGGUGAGUAAUUACAUAAGUUGGUCAAACGAUCAGUGUUGGGGGUGGUCUCAAUCCCAUCAAUUAAAUGUGUAUUAUUUGUUACAAGUUUAUUACAGUGGCUUCUGUUCUUCUACAGAAAAAAGUAGUAGAAAAUUCAUGUUUCAAAACUUUUAUGGCUUGCUUCGGUUUAUCAUUACUGCCGGGAUCCUACCCUUGGCUCUUGUGCUUAAACCAGAAACAGUAUUGACCUUGGGACAAUCACAGCAAUCAAUCUUAAAAUUUGUAACUGCCCUCUUCUUGCAGCAGUGCCGAACUUCUUUAAA